CUUGCCUCGGCAUCUCCUCUCUCACUCCUCCACUCACCAGCACUCAGCUCGACAUGGCCUUCGCCGGAAAAUGGGAAACCGAAACCCAGGAGGGAUACGAUGAGUUCUGCAAGCUGCUUGGUAUUCCUGCUGACAUCAUUGAGAAGGGCCGUGACUACAAGCUGAUCACAGAGGUGACCCAGGACGGCGACACCUUCUCGUGGACGCAAGUCUACCCCACAAACGCCAAAGUCACCAACACCUUCACUGUCGGCAAGGAGUGUGACAUGGAGACCAUCGGAGGGAAGAAAUUCAAAGCUACAGUGUACAUGGAGGGAGGCAAGCUGUGUGUGGACUUCCCCAACUACCACCACACAUCUGAGAUCAGCGGAGGAAAGCUCAUAGAGACCUCCAAAGCUGGGGCUGUCGUGCUGAAGAGAACCAGCAAGAAGAUCUAA